UGAUCCAAUAUCUGAAAUAAUGCAUUUGCGACAACAACUUUACAACACGUACCCACAAGUUCACUUCCGGCAUCUUUACCUGCACUAAACCUGAGAAUUUGGAAUUGUCUAGGGUUGUCACAAACAUCUUUAAGAAUGGCAGACGUCAAGAAGUUGGUGUAUUCCAUCCUGAAGUUUCUGGAGGACCAGAAGACGGCAGGGUCGCUGAGUGACGAUGCCGUGGAAAGUGUGGAGGUUGCCAUCCAGUGUCUUGAGUCCGCCUACACCCUAAACACGCGCAGUCAGGACAUGGCCGCCAAAUACAGCGUGAGCAAAAACCUCCUAGACAUCUUCAACUCCCAGCUCAAUUGCGAGCCUGACUCAGAUUUUGCUAGCAUGUCUUUGCAUGAACCGACUCCACAGGAGAAGGAAGAGGCAGAGAGAUUGAAAAACAAAGGUAAUGACUUCAUGAAAACGGACAAGUUCUCGGACGCACUGGAGUGCUACUCAAAGGCUAUCAAGAUUGACUGCAAAAAUGCUGUAUAUUUUUGUAACAGAGCCGCAGCAUACAGUAAACUUGACAAACACCAGCUGGCUAUAGAGGACUGCAACCGGGCUCUCAACAUAGACCCAGGAUACAGCAAGGCCUAUGGAAGACUAGGAAUCGCCUACACAGCCCUCAACGACCACGAAGGAGCGCGUGAAUGCUACCGGAAGGCCCUAGAGUUGGAUCCUGACAAUCAGAGCUACCAGAAUAACCUGGAGAUUGCAGAGACCAAGCUCAAGGAGGCCGCUGUCGGAAGUGGAUUUGGAGCUGGCCCUGCAGGUGGUCUAGGCAUGGAUCUCGGGAGUAUGCUUAACAACCCCUCUCUAGUCAAUAUGGCAGCGUCGCUGAUGUCCAAUCCACAGAUGCAGCAGAUGAUGGCCGGGAUGUUGUCAGGGGGUGGAGCCGGCCCAGCACGUGACCCUGGGAUGGGAGGUCCAGGUCAAGCACCAGGUCAAGCACCAGGUCAAGCACCAGGUCCAGCUCCAGGUCAAGCACCAGAACAGGGUCUGUCAUCUUUACUACAGGCGGGCCAGGCACUAGCGUCACAGAUGCAGCAGCAGAAUCCCGAGUUGGUGGCCCAGCUCCGAGCUCAGAUGAACCAGCAGCAGCAGCCAUCACAGAACACAUUCUCAGAAGAUCCCUCAAAUCCAAAAUGACGUCAUUUCCGUGUCCCAUGUUGGUUGCAAGAGUUGAAUACAGAGAUCGUCAUCCAUCACAUCACUCAACCAUCAAUUAUCAUGUCCAUAGGCUGUGUGUGCGAUACGACCAGUUAUACAGCCAGUCCCCCCCAACAGUCACACUGCAAUCCACCGUACACCCCCCACUGCAGGAGCUGGCCAAUGUACCCUGCUUUUGUAAUGGUCAACAUGAUGAUAUCCUAGGUUGCGUGUAAUAUGAAUGGAAACGAUGCCAUCUCUAUGGCUGCCUUUAAUUAUGUAUGUAAUGUCAAGGAUUGAUGUGAACAUUUGGAUGCGCUUUUAUCUGGCAUAAAAAAAUAAAAGAACUGGUUCUCAGGCAAUGACUUUUGAAAAUUGCGGGCGGGAAGUGUUUUGUUUGUUUUUUUGUUUUGUUUUUUGUUGUUGGUUUUUUUUUUUUUUUUUUUGCUUGUUCAAACCAGCAUGUAACCAAAUGAACAGUUGUGUACUAUCAACCUGGGACAAGGCCUCCCUACAUAAACAAGCAUACAAACGCCUAUUGCCGCCAUUACGAUAAGCAGUGUGCAUGUAAAGGGAAGUAACUGCGUGCUAUGUUGGAUUGCUUUGUUUUUAAGUAUUAGGAUUUUUUUGAUUUUUUUUUCCAAAAUGGAAAUAAACACAAAACAUGCGGCAAACUUUAUGAUGAUGCGGGCAGUGCCUGAGAACCAAGACUAUUAUAUUUUUUUUUUAGCCUUUGCAAGAUACAUAUACUAUGGCGAUUUGAUUGUAAAUAGCAUUUAGUUUCAUAACUCGUUUGUUGUUUUACAAGCCAUGUUCUGCCCUGGUUUGCUUUCUAAGUCUUGUUUUGAUAAUAGCGUUGAUCCCUGUGAAAUACCCAGCAGUAAGUUGCCUUGGUUACGACGAAACAAGGAUUAUGAUGUUUGAGGCUGAAACGAUCCACUUGACCACCAAGGUUGUAAUCUCAGUGAUACGAAAGACAAUACUUAUCAUUGAGUAUCGAUGCAACUCUUGUUACGUAUCAUUUUCAGUACAUAAUGUAGUACUGAUCUGUAUGUUACCUUUAUAAUAUGAAGCCCAUUCUUCAGUUUAAAAAACAUUAAACCACAUCAAAAAGUAAGGAAAUGUCGGUACGUGUUACCUCUGUUAUAUCAAAAUUAGAAUAGAUUUGUGCAAUAUUACUCUGAAACAUUGUAAUUUGUAUGAUGUUGUUAUCGUACCAUACGUAUCUAUGGUGACCGGAGUGCGUCGUCUCAGCCCAACUGAUGUUUGUCACACUAGUCCAGCUAUCAAUAGAAUCCUCACCUAGGAUGUAGGUGAACCAGCUGUUGCCAUGGCGACGUGCUUAUACGGAUACAUUGUAUGUAUCACCUUGUGGUAUAUGUAUAUUUGUGAAUAAAACAUUGAUAAUUACCAGAUA